AUGGAGUGGGAUGAUACCUACAAGCCCACACCCUCGGCGGCUGUCGUACGCCUCAUGGUCCUCGAGACCGACAUACCCCACCCAGAUACAUACUCAGUGCGCGGUUCGUUUGGUGGCAUUGUAUACGACCACUUUAGCAAAGCCGGACGUGCUCAUCACCCGCCUCUAGGUGUCGAGACAGAUCAAGUCUUUGUCGUUACCGAACAGGGCGGGCGAAUGCCCGGGGUGCAAGAGUUCGAACGUUUUGACGGGCUGCUCAUCACUGGUAGCGUGUACGACGCGCACGCGAACAACGAAUGGAUCCUCCAACUUCUGGACCUCCUCAAGGCGCUCUGGAUUAAGCGUCCCGAUUUCCACUUCGUUGGUGUCUGUUUCGGCCACCAGCUUCUCUCCCGACUUCUCGGUGGCACUGUCGGGCCCGCGCCCACGCAAGACUGGGAGCUUGGUCACUGUCGCAUCACGCUCACGCCCGACGGCCAGCACCUCUUCCAUACGAAGGAGGACCAUAUCCACCUCCAUCAAAUGCAUCAAGACCAAGUCACAUCACUGCCCACAGCCGCGACUGCCGGUCCAGACAUGCUGCACCCGGACACCAACAUUGCGUGCUGGGGCCGCAGCGAACAUACACCUAUUCAAGGUUUCUACAUUCCCAACCGGCUCUUCACUACCCAAGCGCAUUUGGCGUUUGACGAGGACAUGGUGAAGCGACAGAUCCAGAUCAGAGUGGAUAUGGGCGGGAUCAAGGACCUCGAACAUGCGGAUCGGGCGUCCGAGACGGCGCAUCUGGAGCACGACGGUGUCGAGGUUGCUAAGGCUGUUUUGCGGUCGUUCGUGUAUGAUGACGAUUAA